AUGCUCUAGGCAGGGGAGAGGGCGGCCACAACCUUUCCCGGCCUUCCCUCCUCUCUCUUGCCUCUACUUUCACUUUCACUCCCACUCGUAGAGGCCUAAACUGCAAAGGACGUGCAUGGGACAGCGGGCUCCGGCCCCCAGAAACUCAGGGUCCGUGCCAAUAGGCGAUUUUUAGGAACAAGAACAAGAUGGCUGAUUUGCCACUUAAGUUGCCACUUGUGACUGCAUCAUCUCUUUUCCCUUCACUGUUGACUAUCUUGGUAGCAUUGGCUUCUAUGAGGUGCCAGAGCAUGGAAACAAACUCUCCAGUAGCUACUAACGGAGCUCCAUUUCCUUGGAAUAAGAUGAGGCUUCCCGACUAUGUCCUCCCUGUUCAUUAUAAUCUUAUGAUCCAUGCCAAUCUCACCACUUUGACAUUUGUGGGAGUCACUGAAGUAGAAAUCAUUGUCAGUCAGCCCACCAGUUUCAUCAUUCUGCACAGCCAACACCUGCAGAUCACCACGGCCACCCUCCGAGAAAAAAGUCAAGAUAAUCGGGCAGAGCAGCAAUUGACUGUUCUAGAGUAUCUACCCUGGGAGCAAAUUGCACUUCUAGCCGAUAAACCUCUUCUGAUUGGACGUCAGUACAUAGUUACUAUUGAAUAUGCUGCCCCUCUUUCUGAGACUUUCCAUGGGUUUUAUAAAAGUUCUUAUAGAACUCAGAAGGGAGAAGUGAGGAUAUUAGCAUCCACACAAUUUGAGCCAACUGCAGCUCGGAUGGCCUUUCCCUGCUUCGAUGAACCAGCCUUUAAAGCCACUUUCUCAAUCAAGAUUAGAAGAGAACCACGGCACCUUGCUAUCUCUAACAUGCCAUUAGUGAAAUCUGUGAAUAUUGCUGAAGGACUAAUAGAGGACCACUUUGAUGUCACUGUGAAGAUGAGCACUUACCUUGUUGCUUUUAUUAUUUCGGAUUUUGAGUCUGUCAGCAAGAUGACCAAAAGUGGAGUCAAGGUUUCUGUGUAUGCUGUACCAGAAAAGAUAAAUCAAACCGGCUAUGCCCUGGAUGCUGCAGUGACCCUUCUGGAGUUCUAUGAGGAUUAUUUCAGCAUUCCAUAUCCUUUACCCAAACAAGAUCUUGCUGCCAUCCCUGACUUUCAAUCUGGUGCCAUGGAAAACUGGGGAUUGACAACAUACCGAGAAUCUGGACUGUUAUAUGAUGCUGAAAAAUCCUCUGUUUCCAGUAAACUUUGGAUUACCAUGGUAAUAGCCCAUGAACUGGCUCACCAGUGGUUUGGGAAUCUUGUCACUAUGCAAUGGUGGAAUGAUCUUUGGCUAAAUGAAGGAUUUGCAAAAUUUAUGGAGUUUGUGUCUGUCAGUGUGACCCAUCCAGAUUUGAAAGUUGAAGAUUAUUUCUUUGGAAAAUGUUUUAAUGCCAUGGAGGUGGAUGCAUUAAAUUCUUCUCAUCCUGUGUCCACACCAGUGGAGAAUCCUGCUGAGAUCCGUGAAAUGUUUGAUGAUGUUUCUUAUGAAAAGGGAGCUUGUAUAUUGAAUAUGCUACGGGACUAUCUUAAUGCAGAUGUAUUCAAAGCCGGCAUUGUGCAAUAUCUCCAGAAAUACAGUUAUAAGAACACAAAAAAUGAGGAUCUGUGGAAUAGUAUGACGACCAUUUGUCCCACAGGUGACACACAAAAGACAGAUGGAUUUUGCUCAAGAAACCAACCCACAUCUUCACCUUCUCACUGGAGUCAGGAGGUUGUUGAUGUAAAAGCCAUGAUGAACACUUGGACAUUACAGAAAGGGUUUCCACUGAUCACUAUCACCAUGAGAGGAAAGAAUGUCCACAUAAAACAAGAACUCUACAGGAAGGGAACCAGUCACUCUUCAGAAACUGGGUACUUGUGGCAUGUUCCAUUGUCAUAUAUCACCAGCAAAUCAGACAAGGUUGAAAGAUUUUUGCUAAGAACUAAAACAGAUGUUCUCAUCCUCCCAGAAGAGGUAGAAUGGAUCAAAUUCAAUGUGGGAAUGUAUGGCUAUUAUAUUGUACAUUAUGAGGAUGAUGGAUGGAAAUCUUUGACUAGCCUUUUAAAAGAAAAGCACAUGACGAUCAGCAGCAAUGAUCGGGCAAGUCUCAUUAACAAUGCAUUUCAGCUUGUCAGCAUUGGAAAAUUAUCUAUUGAAAAUGCUCUGGACUUAACUCUGUACCUGAAACAUGAGACUGAAAUUAUGCCUGUAUUCCAAGGUUUGAAUGAGCUGAUUCCUAUGUAUAAGUUAAUGGAGAAAAGAGAUAUGGAUGAUGUAGAAACUCAAUUUAAGGCUUUCCUCAUUAGGUUGCUUAGGGACCUCAUUGACAAACAGACAUGGACAGAUGAUGGCUCAGUCUCACAGCGGAUGCUGCGCAGCCAACUCCUUGUGUUUGCUUGUGUACGCCAGUAUCAACCUUGUGUUCAGAAGGCAGAAGACUAUUUCAAGAAAUGGAAAGAAUCCGAUGGAAAUUAUAGUUUACCAAAUGAUGUGACCUCUGCAGUGUUUGCUACUGGGGCCCAGACCACAGAGGGCUGGGAUUUUCUCUAUGAGAAGUAUAAGUUGUCUCUGUCCAGUACUGAGAAAAACAAAAUUGAAUCUGCCCUCUCUACUAGCCAAAAUAAAGAAAAGCUUCAAUGGUUACUAGAACAGAGUUUUCAGGGGGAUAUAAUAAAAACUCAGGAGUUUCCAUAUAUUCUUGGUAGUGUUGGCAGAAACCCAAAGGGUUAUCUCUUGGCUUGGCAAUUUCUGAAGGAAAAUUGGAAUAGAAUCAUACAGAAGUUUGAACUUGGCUCAAAUUCUUUAGCCCACAUGGUGAUGGGAACCACAAAUCAAUACUCUACAAGAGAGCAACUUGAAGAGGUGAAAGAAUUCUUCAGCUCCCUGAAGGAAAAUGGUUCCCAGCUUCGCUGUGUUCAGCAAACACUUGAAACGAUUGAAGAAAAUAUACACUGGAUGAAUCGGAAUUAUGAGAAAAUCAGAACGUGGUUAGAAAAAAGGACCAGCUCAUUGUAACUUUUCAUGUGUUGCUGGGUUCUUGUGAUCUACUGUAAUUACCAGAUUUUGUGAUGCAGGUGAACUUAUUAAGAAAAAAAAUGUUUUUUUUUUUUUUUUUUUUUUUGCCAUGAGGUGGCUAUAUUUUUUAGCAUCUAAAAAAGACAGGUUCUAGCUCCAACUCCAAUCAUUUUUCUAUCCCCAUUUCUCUCAGCUGGGUUAUUGAUAUAGAUAUUUAAAGGUACCAAUUCAGUAUAAGUCAUAUACCAGAAUGUAAAGGUUGUUUGGGUACUUUUCAUCUAAAUCCAGGACCUAAUGCUACCUACUAUGUGUUAAGACCAGUUUCCUCACCUAUAAAAUAAAGAUAACUCUCAUGCCACCUACCUCAGGGUUCUAAGAAAGAUCUUUAUAAACCUUACAUCCCUAGACAAAUCUGAAUAUAUAUGAAGCAUGUCUAUUAUAUAUUUUUUUCUUCUCCAGGAAGGAAAAGUUAGAGAAAUAUCAUGAUGAUUAUCCUGAAACUAGUAGGGGCUAGAACAAGUAUACUCCAAAACUAAAAUAUGAAGCUUAUGGGUAAAAAAAAAAUUAAAGUUCCUAUUAAAGCUUGGCACAGGGAUUCUUACCCUGGGAAAAUCACAUUUUUAUUUCAAUAUAAUUGGCUUCCUUUGUAAUCCUUGUAUAUGUGCUGUUUAUGGAUUUAAAAUCAUCAUUCUGGGGAGAGAUCUGUGACACAGAAGGGGCUAAGAAGCAAAAAUGUUUAGCUGAAAUUGAGCUGGAGAGGUGUUGCUUGGUGAUAAGGUGGUACAAAGGGAAAAGCAUGAAUUAAUUAAUUUGGUCUGACCAUGAGUGCUGAAGAGUUACGAAAUGUUAAUGCCACUGAAGAACAAGUCAAAGGAUAUUAAUUGUAUUAUUAUUGGCACUAAAAUGUUUUAAAAUAAUGCAAGAUGAUUGAAACUACUUAAACAUACGAGUCUAACUGAGAACCGGCUGCUUUUGUAGUUUACAUGAUUUAAAAAAGACACCUAGGAUUUUGUGUUAAAACAUACUAGGUGGGGGCAGCUAGAUGGUGCAGUGGUAAAGCACUGGCCCUGGAUUCAGGAGUACCUGAGUUCAAAUCCGGCUUCAGACACUUGACAAUUACUAGCUGUGUGACCCUGGGCAAGUCACUUAACCCUCAUUGCCCUGCAAAAAACAAACAAAAAACCACCCCAUACUAGGCUACUUAAUAUAUUGGAGUAAUGAUACUGCAGUGGAGAAAGUACUUGAGAUAUACUGACUUAAAACAAGAGUAUCAGGGAUACUCUUCUAGAUCAUGUUUUACAAAGUUGCAUUCUCUAUUAUUUGAGAAAUAUAAUUUAAUGAACAUCAGCCAUACUUUUCAAUUUUUCUUGUUAACAAAAACACAACCAAAACUAAUGAAAGUUAUUUUUAAUGCAAAGUUUGUUGUUUUAAAUAAAAUGGGAUCCAUUUCUAUA